UCAUUAGAGAGCUGAGGGUAGAGGUAACAGCAGUCAGAACACAGACCAGAGCAAGUAUGAAGUUUAACACAGCUUUGAGUGUUGUUGGAACCUUACUUCUCAACAUAGCAGGUUCUCUCUGCCAGUUAGAUGUGUGUGGUCAAGCUCCCCUCAACAACAAGAUUGUUGGAGGACAAAAUGCAGCGGCAGGGUCGUGGCCAUGGCAAGUCAGCAUUCAAAGUGCCAGCUUUGGAGGCCAUUUUUGUGGCGGGAGUCUGAUUAAUAAAGACUGGGUUUUGUCUGCUGCUCACUGCUUCCAGAGCUCCUCCCUGGUUACCAUUGUGGUCUACCUAGGACUUCAGAGCCAAUCAGGCUCAAACCCUAAUCAGGUAUACAGGACAGCGAGUCAAGUCAUUACCCAUCCUAGCUAUAACAAUCCUAGCGAUGACAAUGACAUAGCCCUGCUCCAGCUCUCUUCCUCCGUGACUUUCUCUGAUUAUAUUAAGCCAGUCUGUUUGGCUGCUGCUGGUAGUACAUUUGCUGCAGGUUCAGAGAGCUGGGUCACUGGAUGGGGAGUGCUACAGUCUGGAGGCAACCAGAUUUCUGACAUUCUGCAGGAGGUGAUGAUACCAAUUGUGAGCAACAGCGACUGUAAUAAUGCUUAUGGAGGUGGCAUCACAAGCAAUAUGAUUUGUGCUGGAUUGUUGAAUCAGGGAGGGAAAGAUUCAUGUCAGGGAGACUCUGGAGGUCCAAUAGUCUUUAAGAAUGGCUCCCUGUGGAUUCAGUCUGGCAUUGUGAGUUUUGGUGAAGGAUGUGCUGAACCCAACUUUCCUGGUGUGUACACCCGAGUGUCUCAGUACCAGGACUGGAUCAACUCUUACAUGAGCAGCAACCUGCCUGGAUAUGUCUCCUCCACUAACCAGCCUGGAUAUGUCUCCUUCACUUCCGAUGGAUUCAGAAGCUCACCUAACCUGCUUUUAUUUUCCAUUUCUCUCACAUUCUCCAUUAUUCCUUUCAUAUGCUCCGUAUUUCUCUCUUCAACAGACAAGAACCUGAGGAUGAUGCGUCAAGCUGUCUGUGUUGCAGGAGUCAUACUUUUCAACAUAAUAGGCUCACUCUGUCAGUUAGACGUGUGUGGUCAAGCUCCCCUCAACACUAAGAUUGUUGGAGGACAAAAUGCAAAUAAGGGGUCUUGGCCCUGGCAAGCAAGCCUUCAUCGAAUUUCAUCUGGAAGUCAUUUCUGUGGCGGUAGUCUAAUCACCGAAGACUGGGUUUUGUCUGCAGCUCACUGCUUCCAGAGCAUCACCGCGUCUAAUAUAAAAAUCUACCUGGGACGCCAGCAACAAUCGGGCUCAAACCCUAAUGAGAUCUCCAGGACAGUGACUCAGGUCAUCAACCAUCCCAGCUAUAGCACAUCUACCCAAAACAAUGACAUAGCCCUGCUCCAGCUCUCCUCUCCUGUGACGUUCACUGAUUAUAUUAGGCCUGUUUGUCUGGCGGCUGCUGGUAGUGUAUUGGGUGGAGGCACUAAGAGUUGGAUCACUGGAUGGGGCAAACUCAAUUCUGGAGACACAUCUCUUCCAAACACACUGCAAGAGGUGCAGAUACCAAUUGUGAACAACAGUGUUUGUAAAACAGCCUAUGGAAGCAUCAUUACAAGCAACAUGCUGUGCGCUGGAGUGAAUGAGGGUGGGAAAGACUCGUGUCAGGGAGACUCUGGAGGUCCAAUGGUCAAUAAGAAUGACUCCCUGUGGAUUCAGUCUGGUAUUGUGAGUUUCGGUCGAGACUGUGGACUACCCAAGUUUCCUGGCGUGUACACCAGAGUGUCUGAAUACCAGUCUUGGAUCAACUCUAAAAUAAGCAGCAGCCAGCCUGGAUAUGUCUCAUUCACUUCCCUUGAAUCCAGCUCAGGCUCACCCAGUCUCCUCUUAUUUUCCCUUUCUCUCACAUCAUCCAUCAUUCCUCUGAUUUUCUCCUUGUAUCUGUUUUCUUAAAGACAGAGUCAUAAUUCUCUGAUUUUUGCUGAUUAAAAGAUUUUGGUUAUGCUUAAAAGUAUAAACUUGUACAGUGCAAUAGUUUGGGGUUAGUAAAAUAUAUUCUAAUUUUAGAUUCAUUUAAAUUAAUCUAUUCAUCAUUGAAUCCUGAAAAAAAGUAUCUUGUUUUCUACAAAAAAUGUUUUCAGUAUUGAUAGUAA